AUGGACAGCAGCAGCGUCCCCAAGAACGCCAGCAAUUGCACUGAUCCCUUCACGCACUCUUCAAGUUGCUCCCCGGGACCCAACCCUAGUUCCUGGGUCAACUUCUCCCACUUAGAAGGCAACCUGUCCGACCCAUGCGGUCCGAACCGCACCGAGCUGGGCGGGAGCGACAGCCUGUGCCCUUCGACCGGCAGUCCUUCCAUGAUCACGGCCAUCACCAUCAUGGCCCUCUACUCCAUUGUGUGCGUGGUGGGUCUCUUCGGAAACUUCCUGGUCAUGUAUGUGAUUGUCAGAUACACCAAAAUGAAGACUGCCACCAACAUCUAUAUUUUCAACCUUGCUCUGGCAGAUGCCCUAGCAACCAGUACCCUGCCCUUCCAGAGUGUCAAUUACCUAAUGGGAACAUGGCCAUUUGGAACCAUCCUCUGCAAGAUUGUGAUCUCCAUAGAUUACUAUAAUAUGUUCACCAGCAUAUUCACCCUCUGCACCAUGAGCAUUGAUCGCUACAUUGCAGUCUGCCAUCCCGUCAAGGCCCUGGAUUUCCGCACUCCCCGCAAUGCCAAGAUCGUCAACAUCUGCAACUGGAUCCUCUCUUCAGCCAUUGGUCUGCCUGUGAUGUUCAUGGCAACAACAAAGUACCGGCAAGGUUCCAUAGAUUGUACACUAACAUUUUCUCACCCAACCUGGUACUGGGAGAACCUGCUGAAAAUCUGUGUUUUCAUCUUUGCUUUCAUCAUGCCUGUCCUCGUCAUUACGGUGUGUUACGGACUGAUGAUCUUACGCCUCAAGAGCGUCCGCAUGCUCUCUGGCUCCAAAGAAAAGGAUCGGAACCUGCGAAGAAUCACCAGAAUGGUGCUGGUGGUUGUGGCUGUGUUCAUCGUCUGCUGGACCCCCAUUCACAUUUACGUCAUCGUCAAAGCCUUGAUCACAAUCCCAGAAACUACUUUCCAGACUGUUUCAUGGCACUUCUGCAUUGCUCUCGGUUACACAAACAGCUGCCUGAACCCGGUCCUUUAUGCAUUUCUGGAUGAAAACUUCAAACGAUGCUUCAGAGAGUUCUGCAUCCCAACUUCCUCCACCAUUGAGCAGCAAAACUCCACUAGAAUACGUCAGAACACCAGAGACCUCCCGUCCACGGCCAACACAGUGGAUAGGACUAACCAUCAGAUCAGAGAUCCAAUAUCAAACCUUCCCAGGGUGUCUGUAUUCUGA